CUCUCCAACCAAGCCAGUGUGAGGCAACCCUGGUCUUGGUUGGACGUCUAGGAAGGGACGUCUGAGAAACGCUAUGGGGCUUUUGUCAGAGGGCACACCGCUCUCCUGGCCCGAGACCAAAAAGCAUGCUGACCACGUGCGAGAACAUGGCAUCAAACAGUUCAUCAACCAAUUUCAUCAGCUGAAGGGUCGCCAGGGAGACUGUCUGAAAUGGGGUGAUGAGAUCGAGUACAUGAUUAUCAAGCUUGACCACAAGAACAGGAAGGCGAGACUGAGCUUGCGCGGAUCCGAACUGCUCGAGGUUCUCCGAGAAGCCGAGGAAACCAACCCCAAGGAAGUGAGGUCUCUCUGGCGACCUGAAUAUGCAGAAUACAUGGUGGAGGGCACGCCUGGGCAUCCCUAUGGCUCCCUCGUGCAACAUUUCAACAUCGUCGAACACAACAUGAGUUUCCGGAGGAGUGAAGUGCAGAGUCUCUUGCAGCCUGACGAAGUGGUGCUCUCCCUGACGAAUUUCUUCAGGCUGGGUUGCGAGGACUUCACUUACCCGCCUUCGAGGCCCAACCCUACUUCGGGGGCGUCGCAGUCCUUGUUCUUCUCCGAGGCAGCCAUCACCCAGAGCCACCCGCGCUUCGCCACGCUCACCAGGAACAUUCGGGAGCGCAGGGGAGAGAAGGUGGCCAUCAAUGUUCCCAUUUACAAAGACCUGAAAACGCCUCGUCCCUUCGUUGAAGACCUGUCCCAGUAUGGAGAUGACGGGAGCUCAGCUGCCGCCGCUAAAGAAGACCAUGUCUAUAUGGAUGCAAUGGGCUUUGGGAUGGGCUGCUCAUGCCUGCAGAUGACCUUCCAGGCUUGUAACAUACGAGAGGCUCGGGUUCUGUAUGACCACCUCACCCCGCUUUGCCCAGUCAUGCUUGCACUCACUGCUGCCACCCCAAUCUACCGUGGCUACCUGACAGAUGUGGACUGCAGAUGGGAUGUUAUUUCAAGUUCUGUGGACUGUCGAACGCGUGAAGAACGAGGCCUAGACCCCCUCAGGAAUGACAGAUUUGUAAUACCGAAGUCCCGCUAUGAUUCCGUGGAUUGUUACUUGUCUGAAUGUGGUGCAAGAUACAAUGAUAUUCCCCUUGUAUAUGAUAAACAAAUAUAUGAUCAACUCAUUGACAGUAAAAUUGAUGAGUUUAUGGCCCAACAUGUGGCCCAUCUUUUUAUUCGGGAUUCUAUCUCUCUCUUCUCGGAAAAGAUCCAUCAGGAUGACGAGAAGGAAAUGGAUCAUUUCGAGAACAUCCAGAGUACUAACUGGCAGACGAUGCGGUUCAAGCUGCCACCUGUGAACAGUAACAUUGGAUGGCGAGUUGAAUUCCGACCCUGUGAAGUACAAUUAACGGACUUUGAAAAUGCUGCCUUUGGAGUGUUCAUCGUGCUCUUGACACGUGCAAUACUCACCUUUAAACUAAAUAUGCUUAUUCCUAUCUCUAAGGUUGAUGAAAAUAUGAAAAACUGCCAGAAGCGUAAUGCUGUUCUGGAUGAAAAGUUAUGGUUUAGAAGGGAUCUCUUCUCUCGAGACUGUGACAAGGGAGACGAUGCUAGUCUGAUGACCGUCAAUGAAAUCAUCAAUGGAAAGGGCGAAGAAUUUGUCGGUCUCAUUCCCCUGGUGCGGCAGUACCUGGGUGCUCUAGACAUGGAUGCAGAUACUGCCUGUACCACUGGCCAGUACCUCAAUUUUAUUAGUGCUAGAGCUGCUGGUACAGCCAUGACUACUGCUGCCUGGCUGAGGAGCUUUGUCACAUCACAUCCUGAAUAUAAGCAAGACUCUGUUGUAAGUGAUGGGAUUGCAUACGACCUCAUUAUUGCUGCCAGUGAAAUCACUCAAGGGAAGCGCGAGUGCAAGGAACUGCUUGGUGGGACACCUAAAACCAGAACAUCUGAGGACAUCCCCAAAGCCAUGAAGAAAAUCAUACAGAUGACCUGCAUACCUCCACGCAAUGCCGAGUAAAUUGUAAGACUUUUGUUGAAGCAUUAGGGAUGAUAGGAUGCCCGAGGGAACACAUAUCUUUAUGUCAUAUCACCUUUUCACAAUAGCUUGUGUGGCAUCACUACAUUGAGAUAACAGUAUCAUCAUUACUUUACAUUGUUUUUUGUGAGUGAUGAUGGAGAGGUAGAUCUAAUAUCAUAACAUGAUAAAAUUGCUAUAAACAAAAAUACAUUUGGAAAAUAUUGAUUA